ACUGUAGCAUGGAAACGGAUAACAGCUGACAGCGCGGUUGCACUUCGCUCGGAGGCGCACAAAACGUUGAAAUCAAAACAAAUUCUCACCAGCUUUCCCACGCCAUGAAUAUUCCAAGCUAUCGUCCGAAUUACUACAGCCUAGACGAUAUAACGGUAACACAAGAACGCGUACCAUGUCGAACGACUCAGGAUCUGUACAUGAUGGGAUUUUUGGAUGCUUCCGAAAAGUCGACCAACCUAAGUAACAACCAUGCCCUCGAGCUUCCACUUUGGGCUGUUCUGCAGCAAGAUGAGAGAAAUCCACAUUUUGAAGCACAGAUUCCGGACAUUUACAGUGCGGCGUACAAGGAAAUUUACAAAGCCGAUGCUAAUUACGUGGAACUGGGCGCUUUGUGUAAAUUCUAUUUCGAGCUAGGAAUAUACUUGACGCGCUACGAUGGAACCAACAGCGUUUCGGAAAUGUUGCACGUCACGGCCCAGGAACGGAUGAAAGUAUUGAAAGAUCUGUGCCAAAACGUAGGAAAUGAGAGCCUGAAUGUAAGCAGCAAGUUUGACUUCAUCGAACGAUUGUUGUUCAACGAAGGUGGCAAAACGAACAAACUGUUUGAUGAUUGGCUCCAGGAGAAGCAGGUUCACAUCAAAUCGACCGAAAUUGCCGUCAACUUGCGCAAACGCAAGCGAAGUCCCGAUGUUGAAGCGCAGGAAGAACAAUAAAUCGAACCACUUGGUGUAGAUUGCGUAGACA